GACCUUUCAAGGCUAUUCAUCGGGAUGGAAAGGCUUAUACCUCUUGUUAAUAAGCUUCAGGAUGCUUUCGCAUCUCUUAAUCUUCCUCUGAACCUUGAUUUACCCCAGAUUGCAGUUGUGGGAAGCCAAAGUGCUGGUAAAAGCUCAGUGCUGGAAAACUUCGUGGGGCGUGAUUUCCUACCGAGAGGCAGUGGUAUAGUCACAAGGAGACCGCUUAUUCUGCAGCUGGUCCAUGAUAAGUCAGUUGAAUAUGGCGAAUUUAUUCACUGUAAAAAUAAAAAGUUCACGGAUUUUGAUGACAUCCGACGGGAAAUCGAACAGGAAACGGACAGAAUCACUGGCUCUAACAAGGGUAUUUCUAACAUUCCAAUCAACCUCAGGAUCCAUUCCCCCAGCGUCCUCAAUCUUACCCUUAUUGACCUUCCUGGAAUGACCAAGGUUCCUGUUGGCGAUCAGCCACCAGAUAUCGAAACUCAAAUCCGCAACAUGAUCAUUGAAUUUAUCGAGAGAGAUUCCUGUCUUAUUUUGGCUGUUAGCCCUGCUAAUUCAGACCUCGCUAAUUCCGAUGCCUUAAAACUUGCUAAGGAAUAUGACCCACAGGGUCUGCGUACUAUCGGGGUAAUAACAAAGUUAGAUUUGAUGGAUGAAGGAACAGAUGCACAGGAAAUUCUCGAAAAUAGAUUGCUCCCAUUACGAAGAGGUUAUAUAGGUGUAGUCAACAGAAGUCAGCGAGAUAUAGAUGGGCGCAAAAAUAUCACUGCUGCCUUGGAAGCCGAACGUAGAUUUUUCCUUUCACAUCCCAGUUAUCGUCACAUGGCUGAUCGUAUGGGAACUCCUUAUCUCCAACGUAUACUUAAUCAACAACUAACGAAUCACAUCCGCGAUACUCUGCCACAUCUACGUAGUCGGUUACAAGCCCAAUUAAUUAGUUUGGAAAAAGAAGUUUCUGACUUUCGUAAUUAUCGUCCAGACGACCCAGCUUAUAAAACAAAAGCAUUGCUACAGAUGGUUCAGUCAUUUGAAGCGGAAUUUUCCCAAAAUAUUAGUGGACAUGCAGCUGAUGUCAAUACACAAAUAUUGUCUGGAGGUGCUGAGAUUAAUCGCGUGUUUCAUGAACGUUUUAGAUAUGAUUUACUCAAGAUUGAAUUUGAUGAAAAAACUCUACGUAAAGAAAUUGCUGUUGCUAUUCAAAAUAUUCAUGGUGUCAGGCCUGGAUUGUUUACACCUGAUAUGGCAUUUGAUGCUACAGUACGAAAACAGAUUGAAAAACUUCGAAUUCCAUCAUUAAAAUGCGUUGACAUGGUUGUAUCUAAAUUGACCGAUGUUUUGCAACAAUGUAGUGAUAAGGUAGGACGAUUUCCACGGCUUCGUGAAGAAAUUGAACGUGUUGUCAAUAUGCGGGUUCGUGAAUUAGAAAUAGCUACUAAAGAACAAAUUCAAACAUUAAUUGAUUUUCAAUUAGCUUAUAUGAAUACAAAUCAUGAAGAUUUUAUCGGUUUUCAAAAUGCUGAGCAACGAGCAAAUGAUAGUGCCAAAAGUAAACUUGGCAAUCAAGUAAUCUGUAAAGGGUGGCUUAAUUUGAUCAAUCCAAGUCUACUGCGUGGUGGUAGUCGUUAUUGCUGGUUCGUAUUAACUACAGAUACAUUGACUUGGUACAAAGAUGAUGAAGAACGUGAGAGACGAUUUGUUCUCCCUUUAGAUGGAUUAAAACAACGUAGCGGUGAUACAGGAUUCUUUUCAAAACGACCAACGUUUGUCCUUCAUCAUCCAGACCCUAAAGUUAAUCUGUACAAAGAUCACAAAACUUUAGAUCUAUCUGCAGAUACAGAAGAAGCGGUUGAAGCUUGGAAAGCUGCUUUAGUUCGUGCUGGAGUGUUUCAUGAUCCAUCUGGAAAACCAGACGAACAGACUGAUGAUGGUGAUACGAAUAAAAUACCAACUGAUCCUAAACUUGAAAGACAAGUAGAAAUUAUACGUAAUUUAGUUGACUCCUACAUGAAAAUCGUUACUAAAACACAACGUGACAUGGUUCCGAAAAUAAUUAUGCAUCAAUUAAUUAAUGAGAUCAAAAUUUUUCUAAAAGGCGAUCUCUUGCCCAAAUUGUAUUCGCAAGACCCUAACAAUCUUAUGGAAGAGUCAUCAGCUGAGAAAAAGCAUCGUGAAGAAAUUAUACGUAUGUAUGAUUCAAUACGUGAGGCAUUAUCAGUUAUAUCAGAUGUCAUAGCUAAUACGCAUAGUGUCCCAUUACCUCCACCUGUCAGUGAUGACUGGAUUGAGACGGAGUUAUCUACUGGAUCAAAUAAUACUCGUCGACCUCUUCCUUCUAGUAAUACAUCUCAUUCCGGUCAUCACAGUACUAGUACAACACAAAGACCUUUAAGUCCUAAUAAUAUCACAUCAAAUUCUAAUCGUCCCAUACCUUCAAGACCAGCACCAAAUUUACCUAUACGACAUACUUUGAAUCCCCCAACAAUUGUAACUACAGCCCCUGGUCAACUUCCAGCUCCACUUCUUCCUCAACGAAUGCCACAAUUCAAUAAUGGUCUUUCUCAAAGUGCAAGUACUGGCAACCUUCCAGGUACCAUAUCUUCCGGUGGUAUUGGUGGAAAUACAUUUAUGACUACUAACCCAUCGAAUGGCUCAACACCAAAUACCACUUAUUCUACUACUAAUGCACCGUGGGUUUCAUUUGAUCCUCUUUUUAAUCAAUCCCAAUCGAGUGCAAUAGCACCACCGAUUCCACCACCGAAAUUAACAUCGUUAUCUGGUAAUCUUGGACAUCCAAGUAUACCAGAACGUCCAGGUAAUGUUGGUAUGCCGCGCAUCCCUCCUCGACCAACUUCAUGAAUCAGUGUGUUAUUUAUUUAUUUAUUCUAAUUUAUGCAUAUAGUUUACGGAUUUAUACAUACAAAUUCCAGGUUAAUUUCCUUUGAAGUAUUUUUCCCCCUCAUUUUCAUAAACCAAUUUUUUUAAAAUAAUAUUAUGUAUGCCUAACUGUUUUCUACCCAGACGUUUGUAUGGUGGUAUGUAUCGUGUUUUCACUGUUUAACAAGUAAAUGAAAAUUUUAUUCAUUUCCUUGUCUAAUUGAUUUUAUCACUGUUGAUUCCUAUUGUUCUCACAAUGCACUUUUAUCAUAGAGCCAAAAAUAUCCAACACAAAUGUAUUCGUUGGUUGAUCUCUCUUUCUACGUGUAUUUCGCUCGUUCUCAUUCGCUCUUCAAUAAAAGUUAUACAUUUAAGCGUCUCCUAACACUCAGAAUAUUAUACAUACACUUACAUGUGUAUCUGAAAUCUCUUCAGUUACCUGUGUAUCGUCUUUAUUUUUUCCAAAGAUCUCACGGGUUCUGUCAUUUUUUCCCAGUACAUAAUUUCAUUUUUGAAUAUAAGUGUGUGGUGUUUGCUUGAAUAAUUUCUAUUUUAAUAUUAAUUUUUGAUUUUUAUUUCAUAUGUUAAUGAUUUUGCUCAGUUCUAUAUACUACUACUUACUUAUGCCUGUUACCCCUCGUGGAGGAGCAUAGGUCACCCACCAGCAUACUCCAUACUACUACUAUAUAUUUCGUAUAUUCGUCCGGCAUUAAAUGUAGCCUUAUGAUUGGUUAGUUGUCUGGUUGGUCAACUGAUUUGAUGUUCUCUGUCAUUUUCGAUUAAGCAAAUAUUCUUCCAGAUUUCUAUUCACUCUUCAACACUUAAUUCCUGGGUUUUUUAUCAGGAUUAGUGUAUUAGAUGCAGUGAGAUUUCUCCCUAUCUACUGUUCAUUUCGACCGACCUUACCUUUAAAAAAAUAAUAAAACACUUGAUAUUGUUGACGUUUUAACUCACUUCUUUGAUAAUGUUUGUUUAAUCAAAAUUAGACAAGAUGGCAAAGUUAGUCUUUUGCAAGUCAGAUUCUAUAUCAACUUGAUUGACUUUCUCUGUACUAAUUUACUUCAAUUUAUUCAGUUUGUUCUAACUGUAGAUGCUUCUAGUUUAUUUCAAGAAUUUUUUUCUUUUUUUCUAAUGGUCAUCUAACUAUUUGAAGUGAAAUUUUCUUUGAAAAACUUAAUUUUCCUAUGGAAUUGAAAUCGCCUUUUAUUUGUUCUUUUACUGAAUCAUUUAAUGGCUUCUUAUACUUUGGUAUGUGAAUACUUCGUCAUCAACUUCUCUCUUCUUGGAAAAUAAUUAUUGUCUAAUUAUUUUGUUUCUUUUUUCUAAUGAAUUCUGUUUUAUUCGUUCAUUUGAACAGUUUGAAUUUUUAUUUGAGAAUAUAACUAUCCUUACUGUUUUUCUAUAAAAAGAUUAAAUCGAUAUUGUUUAUAUAUGAUGAAUUGAAAUGCAAAAUCAGUUUCUUUAUUUGUUUUAUUUGUUUAAAGAAAAUAAAUUUUCAGAAAGAUUUUUUUUGGUAAAUACAAACAUAUGUAGCCAAAAUAGUCGAAGGAACUUUCGAAUCUACGAUCCAUGAUCUGAAAUCCAUAAUCUUACACACUAAGUCACUUGCUCAAUCGCUUAGCAAUGUAUAAUGAGGAUAGAAUAAAUAAUUGUAUUGAAUAUGCUCAAAAACAUUGAAAUUCCGAGAUCUUUUCUAAAUGUCUUGUAAUAGCUACUAAUCAACAAGCACUUAUGGAUAAAAGACGGAACGUAUAUGGAUUUAUUAGAAUGAUAAAUAAAAAGCAUAAUUAUGUACAAAGGAUUUCAUACAAACACAGCGUCACAGAUCAAUUAUACAUAUAUUUAUGAUGCUAGAUUGGUGUAUUAUUGUUUCAAUCCAUUUACUGAGUUAAAUCCUGACGUAUUAUUUCAAUUUAAAUGAACUUGUAUCACAUACAACGAAUAAUCACUGAUCUAUUUACAAUCAUUAUCAAGCUAACAUAUAAAAACUGAACAGUUAAAUCAUUUAAAAUGUUGCUUUAAAGUAAAUCUACGUUUCUUUUACUUAGAUGCUUAUAAAAGUUAAUGUAUUUACGGAUUUUAGUACUUUUUUGUAUUAUCAACCUAGAGCAUAUCGACUCAACAAAUGAGUAAUUUUUUAAAAUAACACUGCUAGUUAAGUGAAAACAAGUUGCAGUAAAGUUAGACCGAAUCGAUGUAGUAUUCGUUUCAAGUGCUAUUUGGCUAGUCAUACGUUUAUUUUUGAGCAUAACUAGAAUCAAUCACAACUACAUAGUAAGCAUUUUCACUCAUCACUUCUACUGUUCUAUGGUUAUGCAACUAUAAAACAACCCAUAAAUUCUAGGAUCAACCAUAUGACAAGACUAAAUUCUGCUUAUGUCAACUACUCAUUGUGAUAUUUUAGCAAAUAUCAUGAAAUACAUCAGAAUCAGGGCACUUAUGAAUUCCGUUAUAGAUCUUUGUAUGUCAAUUUAUUGUUAUCUAACUGCUUUUUUAAGACUACUAACCAAACGUUCAAGCUCUCAACUGAGACUAACAAACUUAUACUUGAAGAAUAUAUCUAUGUAUAACCAUUUUGUGUUGUAAUAUACAUUUAUUAUCGCUACAUGCAUCUAAGAAAAUGAUUGCAAGCAUAAAAUACCUCAAUAAUGGACUGUGAUCCGCGAUACUUUAAUGCUCACUGUCUCGCAUUCAACACUGUCGAUCAUUUUUGCGUUGAUUCAAUUGACGAAUGCAGCAUAUAGAAUUGUAAUUCGCUCUAAAAUUUUCAUUUUGAACCCUAACAUUUACUACGGUUGUGUUUUUCAUCUGAUGUAUCUCACUUCCAUGCACUGCAUAUGUCUAUAGCUACCAUUUGUGCGUGACUUGAACUUCAAAAUGUCCUCUUUAUUAACCAACAUAAAUUGAGAAUCUCCAAAAAUGUGAAUAGCUGAUCAUCUGUUCGAACGAUCACAAAUCACUUUAAAUGUUUUUUUAAACAUCUUAAUCACCAGGUUUUGAAUGAUGGUGGCAACGGAGGUUGAAUUAAAAAGUUUACCUUUAAUUGCUGAUAAAAAGUAGCAACUUAAUCCAAACUUCAGAAAUAACAUUAAAUUAAAAUACUGCGAUAUUCGCAGAAAGAGAGCUAAACUAUGUAAUGCUAUCUCCACCGACAAUGAAUCCACUGUGUUACGGUAUCCUCUAGCAUUUGACAAUCUGACUCAAAAUCCACUCACUUUCAAUAUACUUAUAAGAAGGACCAACCAAUUAUUUUGAGUCAUUUAAACUCAAAAACGUGUGAUUGCAUACAUUUGAUAUGAUAUUACUAUGAAUCAUCAGUAACAAAUUUCAGUCUCUGAAUAAUUAAAAUAUUCUUAAGAAAACCUGAGUAACUGGUUUAUAGUAAAUUUAUGAGCGGUAAAAGACAUCACAGCAGUUAGUGAAUCAAAUCACCAAUUACAGAUAUGAUAAUAUAGCAAUAUUAUGAACAGACGAUCUAGUAAAAACACAAAAUAUACAGACUUUUCGCAUACGAGAUAGUUCGAGUUCUGUCAUUUCAUGGAAAACUAUACUACUGAAAUAUUCCAAAUUAUUUGUAUACUUAUGUAGAGAAACAGAUAGUGAAAUGAAUGAAUAUUUGAUAUGGAUUGUUUGAACUGUUCCUAGAUGUUACAUACUAUUCAAACAAUUAGAUUCUUUUUAGAAUACCUGCUUGUCUAUUUAAGCUCACCUUGAAUAAACUAAAGUUUCCAUGGAGAAACGUAAUCUGCAUAGAAUUUUCACAGUAAUGCCACAAAACAAAUCAUAGUUUUAUUCGAUAGCACAAUGAGUUUAACAGUUUUUGUUUAGUUAUCACCUCAAGAUUAUCUGAAUGAUAUGAAAAAUAAAUGAGGCAUUUGCACACUUUUCUCAUCCAGUGUAAUGAAAAACUCCCAAGAAGAUCCUGGUGUGAUAUCAUCUGUAGUAUUCACAUUUUCUGGAUAGAGCUGAUCAAGGAGUGACAUUGGCUAACAAGUUACUAAAAAUUUCUGUAAUAAUUCAAAACUAUACAAAAUCGAAUGUACAAACUUCAAGUUUCACGACGAAUACAACAUAUCUUAACCAGGGAAUUAAGAAAAUUCAAACAUCCACAUUUUCAAAUGUGAUUGAUUUCUGUUCUGAACUGCAGUCAUCUAAUAGUAUUAUUGAUCAGUUAAUGUCUUCACAGCUUUCUAUCAGAUUUUAACGAAAUCUACCCUAAAGUUAUUCGUUUAAUGAGCAUAGAAUCAUACUUUAAAUGUCCAAUUUUUCAUAUAACGUUAGGCUUUGAUAAGAAAUAGGAAAAACAUUCAAAAAUAUGGAGAUCUUCAUAAGAUCACAUUUUGAUAUAAAGUUUUGAGGAAGAAAACACUAAUAAAGUAGGAUGAUUGUUUAAUAUGGAUAUUGAAGACGUUUAUAUUUAAUUGUUACAAUUCAACACCUUAAGCGAUUAAUAAUGGCUAACAAGGUUUUACCCGAAAAAUUAGUAAACCAAUUUCUUAUCUAAAUUAACUUAAUCAUUUAGAACAAUCAUUUGCUUCUUGGUUCUUUUUUGUAACCAUGUGAAAUUGUUGCUAUUAGAAUACUUUAACAUUUAAUUUUUAAAUUAACUAAAAUGAAUUAAAAAUUAAUUUAUCAUCUAUAAGCGGUAAAAUAGAUCUAUCAAGAAUAAAAUAAAACAUUUAACAUUUUUCCACUUAAUCAAUUUUAAACUCUCACUUCCGUUUAAUUU